AUGGUGACAAACAAUUGGAUAUUACUCCAAAAUCGAACUUUCAACGUUCGCUAUCAAAGCGAACCAUGUGCAGUUAAUAUUAUUGAUUACAAUAACGAUACGUUUCUGGAUGUCACCGUAGCCAAUCAUUACUCUAGUAAUGUUGGUAUUUUUCUUGGUUUCAACAAUGGUUUAUUUGAUGACCUCGAAAUGUUUUCCGUUGGUUAUGGAGCGCUGCUGAUAUCUGUAGUUAGUAGUGAUUUCAACAAUGACAUAAGAACAGAUUCCGCAACUGCUAUUGAAGUUCGAGUCCUUCGAAGUACUGCUGGCUGUGGACCUAUGGGACUUAAUGUUGAUAAACUUCUGCAGAAGCUUGAUCGCAAUACACUUAUUCCUUGCUGCGUACAGCACGAUGUAUGCUAUCAAACAUGUGGCAACAAGCGAUCAGUCUGCGAUGAUAGGUUUUAUACUUGCUUGAAAACUGCAUGCUCUCGACAAACUCCAGUUUCUCGUGAAUGUUCUACACUUGCAACUAGCAUGUAUACAGCUGUGCGUGGUGGCGGUAUUCCAUCUUUUCAACGAGAUCAACUUAAUAGCAAAUGUGCCAAAAAGCUGUUUGACGAUUAA